AUGGAAAAUGCAAGCCAAAGUUCUGUGACGGAAUUCAUUCUUCUUGGUCUUUCGUAUGACCCCAGGGCCCGGUGUGUAUUAUUCCAUCUCUUCCUGGUUGUCUAUGUGGUCACGUUGGCUGAGAACAUUCUUCUCAUCAUCGCGGUGAGAAUCGACAGUCGUCUACACAGCCCUAUGUAUUUCUUCCUAACGAAUCUUUCUUUUAUGGACAUCUGUUACACAUCAGUCAUUGUUCCCAAGAUGCUUGUGGAUUUCAUAUCCAUGAAGAACACGAUUUCAUUCACCGGGUGUAUGGUCCAGAUUUUCUGCUACUUUUUCAUCGGAGAAAGUGAGUGCAUUGCCUUGGCUUUCAUGGCUUACGAUCGUUAUGUAGCAAUCUGUAACCCCUUGCGCUAUAACAUGACCAUGAGCAACAGAGCCUGUGUCCGGAUGAUAAUUUUUGCGUGGAUGUGUGGUUACUCUAUAUCUUUAGUAGACUUGUUAUUUAUCUACCGGUUGACUUUCUGUGGUGCAAAUAAAGUAGACCAUUUCUUCUGUGAGUCUCCAUCCAUUAUAAAACUCUCCUGUGGUGACCACUUUCUAGUCAACACAGUCAAAUUAGUCAGCAGCGCUAUUGUGUUACUUCUUCCGUUCUGUUACAUUAUUAUUUCCUACGCCCGCAUUAUUGUGACUAUUAUAAAAACGCGUACUGGGAAAUACAAAUCUUUUUCAAUGUGUUUUGCGCACCUUAUAGUUGUCGUAUGUUUUUACGGAACAUCGAGUUUAAUUUAUCUGCAGCCAGAACAUUCCAUGGGCACUGGAAAUAAAGUGAUGUCGGUGUUCUACGCAGUGGGGACCCCUUUAAUGAACCCUUUCAUUUAUAGUCUGAGAAAUAAAGAUGUUCACCGAGCGCUUAGAAAACUAAAAUAUCAAAUGUCCUCAUUGGAAAAAAGACAAAACUGA